UUCGCGGGUCGACAACGCGCAGACCGUUGACUGUAACCGACUGACCAUCCCGUUCGCUCAUCGUAUUGCAGACGCGUUAGACCUAGGAGAUGGUGGAAUAGGCAGAGGUUCCCCGUCUGCUUCGGGUCCGCUAGUUGUUCUAGACGCAGUAAGGGCCCAUGCGUGACCCAAGAAGGCACUGUCCCGUCCCGCACCCGGCAACCACCUGUCUUCGCUCGAGGAAGAAGGGUACAGGUGUCGAUAAUGACUCUACCUGUGCAGGUACGUGAGCUGUGCCGGACCCACUGGUGUUUGUUGUUGUUGUGUCGUGAUGUCUGUGAGUGAAGUGGUGUUGGCGCCGCCGCAAAUCAUGCACGAGAAGAACGGGAACACGACGAAGACGAAGAACGUCGCCAUAGUGGCGCCCCAGAGGAGCAAUAGUCUGGAUUACCUCAAUUUCGAAGAGAAGAGGAGGCUGAUCGCUUCGUCACUUUCGCUUUCGGAUUUUCUCAGUGCGGGGAAUAACGCCACCAAAGAGAUUAAGGAUGUGGCCGCCAAAAAGCAGAACGGUUCUGCGUUCAGAACGAACAGUUUGGGCAGCGGGACGAGGACGCCGCCGCUGGAAAGGAAAAGCAAGUUUUCGAUAGGCAAGCUACUGAGGCCCUGGAAAUGGAAAAGAAAAAAGAAAUCGGAUAAACUCGAAGCCGUUUCCCGGACGUUAGAAAGAAAAAUAUCAGUCCGAGCCAACAGGGAUGAACUGGUCCAGAAAGGCAUCCUUUUGCCAGAUAGCCCUUUAUCUCCACCCAUAUCCGAGCCAGGUGAAACCGUACCGUCGCCAUUCCCUCCGAGCGGGUUUCAGCAAGUUUCGGAGAAACAGAUGCCCCAAGGACCACCGCCCGCGUAUCCAACACUACCACAGAUGCCGCACAUGCCCAUAAACCCGGCCCUGCUGCAGCAGCAACUCCUCCAAAAUCCUCAUUUCGCACAAGCGAACGCCAAUAACAAUAUUACCGGUAUCGCCGACGCUAUCGUGGACUAUAUCGUGAGGUAUACUUGCUUUAAAGAGCCGAAAAAAGAAAAGACUGAUGGAACGGCACACAACGGCGCCCUGUCUCCCAAUGGAGAUACGCCCUCACAAGUUACCCAACCUCCCGGAAUGGAGGCGACUCCGGGCAAGCCGGAGCGGCCCAACACGUUAGGCCACGGGAGGCUGACGAGGCGACUCUUGUGCUACCACAGUGAACACUUCAACGAUGGUCAACAAGGUCCCCCCGGCAGCACGCCGCCUCCGCACGAGAAACAGUCCCACAACAUACCUCCGCCCCCCAUAUCCGAUCCCGGCUUGAUGCUCUCUGACUUGCCAGAGCCGCCCAUUCCUGUAUCAGAAAUUGGGCCCAUCCCCCCACCGCCGAUGUUCAGUUCGCCCAGUCCGGUGCCGAAUCGGCAGUCGCCGCCGCCGCCACAAAUGGGCGACUACGAGUACGAAGAGAACGAAGAUGACGACGGUGACGAGAUCGACUACGACAACUUGGAUGACAAUUCGUCGUAUAUGUUCCGAAUGCCCCAGCCGGAUCCCACAAUCGACACAAGUCGAAUCGAUGAGAUCCCAGCCAAAGAGCCAAAAUUCAACGCGAUACCGUUAAAAUCGGCAUUAAAAAAGAAGAGCAGCGGAGGCAGCGGACCCGGCACGCCUCAGAACACACCAACGCAAGAAAACAGACCGCUAACAAUACGACAAGCUCAAACCGAACACAAUGCGAGUUUCAAAAGGCCCCCUAUGAGGCCUCGGAUAAGAAUAUGUUCAAAGCCGGUAAAAUUCGGCAUAGGUCUGCCGUGCACGUUAGAGAACAAAGAAAACGCCAGACCGUACGUAAUCAAGGAGGACGGUAGUGACAGCGACUCUAAUGACGGUCCUAUCAAUUACAGAGAUGAAGACAGGGAUGGGAGCGAAGAGAGCCGGUUAGCAAUGAAAAUUGCAAGAAAGGAGAGCUUGUCGCUGAAACUGGCGUUGAGACCGGACCGUCAGGAAUUGAUCAACCGGAAUAUCUUGCAGAUACAGUCGGAAAAUGAACGGCAAGAAGCGAAAGAGGCGAUCGGCGCCAGGCUGAUUAGGAGGCUGAGCAUGAGGCCGACCCAGGAGGAAUUGGAAGAGAGGAAUAUCUUGAAAAAACAAAGUCCAGCUGAAGAAAAGAAACAGAAAGAAGAAAAGAAGCGUUUUCUCUUACGUAAGUUAAGUUUCCGGCCAACCGUAGAAGAACUGAAAGAGAAGAAAAUCAUCCGGUUCAACGACUAUAUCGAGGUAACCCAAGCCCACGAUUACGAUCGAAGGGCGGACAAGCCUUGGACGAGGCUAACUCCAAAGGACAAAGCUGCCAUUAGGAAAGAACUGAACGAGUUCAAGAGCUCUGAGAUGGCCGUUCACGAAGGUAGCCGGCAUUUAACUAGGUUUCAUAGGCCUUGACAAUUCCGGGGUUCGUUAGAAAAAAAGCUAAAUACUGUGAUGGGCAUAGCCGUAGAAAUCAACUUUCCCAUAUUCGCUUAUUGAGUCAGGAUGUUUUUGACCUGACCUGGUCUAUGCAGAUGUUGCAUGGACUCGUAACUGUGUAAUUGUUUUGUACAUAAGUGAUUUUUAAUACACAAAGUUUUUAUUGAUUAUACAUAGUGAAUGUAAAUUUUUCGUUCAAAGCACUUGAUCAAGUUAUUGUAAAUAUUUAGUGUAAUUAUAGUGCAGUUUUUUUAUUUAAAUUUUUAAGAUGCAUCACUGAUGUGCAAUGUGCAGCACUUGGUGUAUUUGUUAAAGUAGAAAUGUUCUGUUAUGUUAAAUGGUGGUAUCGCACCAUUUACAUCGUAAAUGUAACAUUUUUUAAUUACUUUACAAUUAAUCGUAAUUAUUUUAAGUGUAAUCUUUUAAAUUGAACAAAAAUUGUAAUAUUGAUCGAUCAAGUACCUACUUUUUAUAAUUUAUGAUACAAUCAAAUGUGUUCUAAUUGUAACAGGCAGAAAAAAUAGAUUUUCGUUGGAUUUAAGCGUGAAGCGAUGCUGAAAAUUUAUUUUUAUUAGACGUAAAAUAAGUAGCGAAUUGAUGCUGUAAAAUUAGAAAUCUUGUAUAUGAACCUUACGCAAAAGAAAAUACUGUUGAUCCAAGCUUGUAAAAUAGAUUCCUUCGCUUCUAAAAGGCAAUAUGCUCUAUGUAUACUAUACUUUAACAAAUUGUAUUCAUACUCAAUCAAUUUAUACUGGUUUUAAUAACAAGAAAUGUCUUCCAAAUAAACAAGACAUUAAAAAAACCUUAAAUUUUAUUUGUUCUAUAUUCUCGUAACAAUAAAAAGUUUGCCUAAAAUAUGCCGUACUUAAAUAUCUGUUUACUAAAAUCAUACUUUAAACGCUAAUAAUAUGUUAAAAUAUUUUAAAGUUCGGUCCCACUAAAUAAAUGUUUGAUUAAUUAAUUUGAAUGUCUGGAAAAACAUAAACAAGGUUUUUGCUGAAAGAGUGAGCACUGUUUGUACUUCCGAUUUUCUUGUAGAAAAUGCGUUGAAAUAGUUUGUUUGCAAGUAUUAACAAUUAUGUAAUUCAAACAGUAUAUUGCGAAAUUUUCCGCUUCAUGCGUUAUAAUAUGUUGCGGGCAUUAUUAACUGAAGCUUGCAAGUAGCAAAAUUCUGACUUUGUACAAUGGGAACAUUUUUUAAAUUGUUUUUAACUGAUAGAAGACUUCAUAUAGUAAACGCUGCGACAUGGAGCGAGACUGGUGAAAGGAACAGAAACACGAAAAAUUCAUGCAACACAUGUUUUACUGUUACUUGUGACAAUUAAAUGUAGAAUAAAUAUUUUAUCUUACAUAUCUUAAACAA